ACCAAUUAUUAAAGAAAAAAAACUAGAAAAUAUGAAGAAUGCAUUUUCGCUUGUGGUGUUCAUCACCUUCUUUAUCAUGCUUGCUUCCGUUAAUAAGGUGAAGGCAAACAUAUGCCAGGAUGCUCUAGGUGCUUGUCCACAAUGUGAUGUGAGAUGUAAGGCUAAGCACGGGCCAGCAGGUCAAGGCAGCUGCGAUAAUGUAAACCAACUCUGCACAUGUAAUUACACGUGCGGACCACCAAACCCUCAGCAGUCCGAACAAUGCUAUGGCCUGUUCAUUUGCACAGAUGCAUGCAAUCAAAACUGUGCCCAAAAGUAUCUCGGUGGAUCUGGAUUUUGUGAGAGCAUUGGCAAUACUAAAUUGUGCAAAUGCCAAUAUCCUUGCUAA